AUGUGUGGCCACCAUUGCCUCUCUUCCAACCUCACCAAGCCCCAAACCCACCAAAACCCUCAACCCGCACCUAGCCCCAACCUCAGCAGAGCCCCAACAUCACUAAGCCCCAACCCCAUCUGUCCUCUCGCCUCUCCCCCAACCCACCAGAGCCCAAACCUCAGCCAGACCCAACCCCACCAGUUCCCUCUCCCCCCAAUCUCACCAAGAUCCCCACCCCACCAUUGCCUCUCACCACAACCUCACCAGAGCCCAACCCACCAGAGCCCCACCCCGCAGUUUUCCUCUCCCCCACCUCACCAGUAUCCCACCCAUCAGUUCCUCUCCCCCAACUCACGCAGAUCCCCACCUACCCUAUCCCACCCACCAGAUCCCCAACCCCACAGAAACCCGACCUCACACAGAUCCCUAACCCACCAAGCCCUCAACCCCACCCAGGAUUCCCUCAACCCCACCGAGUCCCAACACCACCAUAUCCCCAACACCACAGACGCCCACCCAUCAGGUCCUCGCCCCCCAUCCUCACCGAUCCCAACCCAUCAGGUCCUCUCCCCAACCUCCGCAGAGCCCAACCCUGCAGUGCCUCUCCCCAACCUCAACCAUUAUCCCCAACCCAUCAGUUCCUCUCCCCCAAACCCCCAGAGCCCCAACCUACAGUCCCCCACCACCCCCAGGUCCUCUCCCCAACCCACCAGGUCCCUCUCCUCCCAACACCCUCAGAGCCCCACCUCAGCCCUGAUCCCACCCCAUCCCCCACCUACACCAGAUCCACACCCCACCAGAAGCGCACAACACCACCAGAGCCCCAACCCACCAAACCCCAACCCCAUCAGGUCCUCUCCCCAACCUCCCAAGCCCCAACCCCAUCAGGUCCUCUCCUCCCCCAACCUCACCAGAGUCCCACAACUCCAUAUAGUUCCUCUCACCCAAACCCACCAGAGCCCCCAACUAACCAUAUCCCCAACCCCACCAGGUCUUCUCCCCAACACCACACAUUCCUCUCCCCCACCCACCAAUAGUUCCCCACCCAUCCAGUCCUCUCCACCCCCACCAGAGUCCUCCCAACCCACACCAGAGCCCCAACCCCAUCAGUCCCUCUUCCCCCAACCUCACCAGAAUCCCAUAAGCCCCCACCAGAUCCCCAACCCCACAAGAUACACAUACCCCACCAAUCCCAACCUCAGACCAGCAUCCCCCAACCCCACUCAGAUCCCCACUCCACCAGGUCCUCUCCCCCCACCCCACGAUGCCUCUCCCCCAACCUCACCAGAGCCCCAACCUCACCAGAUCCGCGACCCCAUCAGUUCCUCCUCCCCCAACCUCACCAGAUCCCCUACCCCACCAGAUCCCACCCCACCAUAUCCCAAACCCCACACGUAA